AUGACUUCUCAAUCGAAGGAUAGAUGCAUCCGCAUCGGUGUCGAUGUGGGAGGCACUAAUACCGACGCCGUCGCCCUCGACACGUCGCAGCAACAUACCGAGACACGCGGUCUUCUUGCCUACUUCAAGACUCCGACCACACCCGAUGUAACCAAAGGCAUCGAGACUGCGAUCCGAGCGAUUCUCGAAACUUCCAAGCUCUCGACAUCAGACAUUGUGAGCGUCACUAUCGGCACCACGCACUUCAUCAAUGCAGCCAUUGAACAUGAUGCGCGUCGCUUGAACAAAGUGGCAAUCAUUCGCCUUUCGAAAAGCUUCCUGCGUGAAGUGCCACCGUUUUCGGACUUCCCAUCAGGACUGGCAAACAUCAUCAAUGGCUACGUGGGAUAUGUUGAUGGUGGCCUUCACAUUGACGGAUCCCAAGAAUGUCCCAUCGUGGAAUCGCAGGUUGUUUCAAAAUGUGCCGAGAUCAAAGCUCUGGGCUUGUCCUCCGUAGUCAUCGCAGGAGUCUUCUCGCCGAUAGAUGAGGUGUUCCAACAAGAAGAGCAGGUCAGGCGAAUUGUGAUCAGAGAACUUCCGGGCGUUGAGGUUGUAUGCUCUCACCAAGUCGCCAACAUUGGAUUCCUCGAACGAGAAAAUGCGAGUAUUCUCAACGCAUCAAUCCUCAACUACGCCAAAAGAACAGUCGGCGGCUUCCGUCGCGCAAUGCGAACAUUGAAGUUGACCUGUCCACUGUUUCUUACUCAGAACGACGGCACAUUGCUCGACUCUACGUCUGCUGCCAAGUUUCCGAUACGCACAUUCGCGUCUGGCAUGACGAACUCAAUGCGCGGAGCUGCAUACUUGGCUGCUCACGACACUCGAAAAUCUUCCGCCAUUGUCAUAGACAUUGGAGGCACCACGAGUGACGUCGGAGUCUUGCUACCUUCUGGACUUCCUCGACAAGCCGCCGCAUAUGUCACUGUUGCCGGGGUGCGAAUGAACUACGCGAUGCCACACUUGCACAGCAUAGGUCUUGGAGGUGGCACUAUGGUGCGGAAAGGUGCUGAGAACAAGAUAGUGGUUGGGCCAGAUUCUGUCGGGCAUUAUCUCACCAGAGAUGCUUUGGUCUUCGGAGGCGACAUCUUGACAGCAUCUGAUAUCGCUGUUGCUGCAGGCAAAGCCAAGAUAGGCGAAAGCAAUCUCGUCAAGCACUUGCAUCACAGCGAUGUCACAGAUGCGCAACGCUGCAUCAAAGCACUGCUCGAGAGAGCCAUCGACGUGAUCAAGACAUCUCCUGACCCAAUGCCAGUUCUGCUGGUGGGAGGUGGUGCAGUGAUUGCUCCUGCUACCCUCGCGGGUGCUUCCGAGCUUACACUGCCUCCAUACCACGACGUGGCAAAUGCUGUCGGUGCAGCAAUCUCGAAGGUCGGUGGUGUGGUUGACACAAUCCAGGAUGUUUCUGGUCAGACUUUCGAGCAGGCUGAACAGAAAGCCAAGCUUAUUGCGAUUCAACGGGCGAUUGACGCCGGUGCUGUCGAGAGCAGUAUUAUAAUUGCGGAAGUCGAGAGUCUGCCAGUUACAUAUGUCGCCAACCAGUUGAGAACGAUAGUGAAGGCAGUAGGCGAGCUUGACAUCACUGUGCAGACGCAGACCACUUUUGACGAUGCUGAAGAUGAAGUAGACAUCGUGGAUGGAGGAGAAGGCAUCAAACAGGUCGCACCCAAGACCGUCGAAGCCCAGCAAGUCGAUCCGGAAACUUACAUUCCUACGAUACUUGAGAACGAGGCAACCGGGAAUGCGGAAUGGUUACUGUCAGAGAUGGACAUCGACUUCAUAUCANNAAAGGUGAGUGCUGCUCGUCUUCUUAACAAGUUUUCAGGAACUGAUCGUUCGUCAGGCUGUUACGUCCUGGGAUGUGCAGGAGGUGGCUCAGCAGCAGCAUCACGAUUACAACUUCGAGCAAUGCUUCGUCAGGGACACAGGAUACGGGUUGUGGACGUUUCCGCUCUCGCAGAGGAUGCACUGAUCUACUGGGGAGGUCACAUGGGCUCGCCAGCAGUCUCGGUCGAGCGCCUGCAGGCCUUGGAAACAGUCUGUGCCUUCGAAGAACUCAAAGAUUAUCUACGCCAUGAUAAGCUUGAUGCUGUCAUGGGCCUCGAGAUUGGUGGCGCGAAUGGUAUGGAGCCCUUGCUCGUGGGGUCCUCUCGCUUCUUCGACUGUCCAGUGAUCGAUGCCGACUUCAUGGGCCGAGCCUACCCUACUUAUUGGCAGACCACUUUGGCGGUUCAUCAUCCUGGCGAGCUUGUACCAUGUGUCAUCGAUUCUGGAGACGGAAAGACCAUAUUGAUGACUAAGGCACCAAAUGACGAGAUUGUCGAUCGUGCUUUGCGUGCUUCAUGUGCAGAGAUGGGCUCGCGGGUUGGCAUGGCAGCAAAACCCACAACGACUGAGAAAAUACGAUCUUCAGGAGUUCUGAACACCAUGUCGCUCGCCUGGCGUAUCGGGCGUUGCAUCGCUCUAGCCGAGGCCACCAACACAAUGUCUACCGUGGCAGAGGCGAUCGUCAAUGAGGCAGGCGGGACCAAAAGUGCUCGUAUCUUGUUCCGGGGUAAGAUCACUCAGGUUGAACGCCGUGUAUACAAAGGCCAUUCGCAUGGCUCGAUCACAAUCACUGGAACAGAAGAGGACGACGAGGGUGCAGCGACGACCUCCGCACACCGUAUGACUCCAAUGAAAGUUGGCGGAACUCUGAAGAUUCCCUUCAAGAAUGAGAGCAUAUAUGCUGAACAUACAUCAGACUCAGGAGAGCAGGAAUAUCUCGCACUUGUACCUGAUCUCAUUGCGGUCCUGGAUACUGGCUCUGGUUGCGCCUUGGGCGUUCCCGAAUUCAAGUAUGGUUAUUUUGUUACUGUGAUUGGAAUCACAUGCUCACCACUCUGGUCCAACACACCUGAAGGCCUAAAGAUCGGCGGACCAGGUGCAUUCGGAUACGAUCUCGAGUACAAAGGGUUGGGUGAAUACACAAGGCCAAAGAGUGUAAUCGAAGAGUAUAGAACGAGAGUGUGA